AAACAUUUCUCAUUUUAUGUUUAUCUAGUGCACUGUGAAAAGCAGUUUGUUUACCGUAGACAGUUCUUUCAGUUUUAGCCUUUUUUCCCCAAAAAUCUUUUAAAAUGGAUAAACCCCGUGAUAAAGUGUUUCGCCGUAAAGUUACAUUUUCAGAUAGUAUAACCAGGAUACCUAAAGUGUACGAAAAUGGACGCAAGGAUGUACCCCGUCCUAGAAGUAGAAGUGUUUUUACAAGUUCUCAUGCUAAUGACGACCUUCCUACCAGAGAUAUUGUAAGGUACGAGGGGCAAGCCUCCCGCCCCCUGUACGUUCCGAAACCGAUUACAGUGAAAAAUUAUUUUUCUGAAGAAUACAAUGAUGCUUAUACAGACGAUGGCUACUCUGGUGGUACCAUAAUUUCUCCACAAGGAAUUAUCACCAUGCAUCUACGUGAAUAUAUCAGAGUUGAUUUGUCCCUUGACCGCGCUAUUCGUAUUUCAAAUGCAAAAAAUGGCAUAGUUUUGGCUCUGAGCGCCAGUGGUAGUUCUUCUGGCCUUAUCCACCCCAAUGGAAGGGUGUACCAAUACGGAUCUAGGGUAGAAAUCAUGGCCAAUGAUAACCACGGAAAUAAUAAGUUUGCAAAAAUGUGGUAUAAAGGAGUAAGUUUCACCAGCGUUCAAUGUGCUUUGGUGUACUUAGUAGAUUCUGCUGGUACUAGAACCACCACAGACACUUUUAACGAUUUGACUCACGAUUUUACUCUCAAUAUAUUUUAUGAAGACUCCCCAUAUUCUUACCUUGAUACUCCGAAUACAACGCAUACCACUCAUUUGGUAAACGAAGCCAUGAAUGUACUGCAAGCUACCAACUGCUGGAUGACUGAAGAUGGAACCACCAAUUGGAUCAUUAAUAAUGUUAGGAUUUCCCAAACGGCCGACGGACUUGUCAGAGUUGGCAGAAAUAGCAACAAAUUCUCUCUAAGGACUUCCCCUACCAAUGGCUCUGCAUCGGUGUCCUCCCCCUACAUGCACUGCACAGGCUCGAUGGGGCAAACACGCCAUCUCUUCGUCAGGCGCGGUGAGCGCCGUAUGCACUAUGACGGAUCAACUUUUAUCGUCCGAAACGCCGGACAUUCUGCCGGAUUCGACGAAAAGCACCAGCUGAAAGUUUACUAGUUUUUCAUUUCGUUAUAAUGGCUGGUUUAGAAUUUUUCUCUCUGGUGGGGAAUCUCCAGUCAUUCUUUAGUUGAUUAUUGUGUUCAGAUGAAUUUUGCUCUUAGUUUAUAAAAAUUUCAGUAUCUAUUUCAUUGUGUGAUGGAAUUUGGCUCAAGGGUUUUUAUUUUUAAUAAAGUGGAUUUAUGAAGUCGUUAUAACAAUAAUUCAAGAAUGAAUAAUAGAGCAACAUACAAAAAUGAUCAAAGUUUGUAUCUUUCUAUGAAUACACUUUUAAUACUACAUAAUAAUAUACUAUUUUAUUUGGGCAUAAAGCCACAAUUUAAGUUUUACAUUUAAUGCCGUCGAACCUGCUUAUUAGAGUACCGGUUAUAGGAAUAUCCCGGUUUAUGGAAUAUAAAUUCGAGGUCCCGAAACGUUUCCAUUUACUCUUUAAUAAAUUUAUCCGUUUAUUGGAAUACGUAUUAAUAAAACAAUACCGCUUAUUAGAAUAUUUUUCAGUUCAACGAAUAAAUUUUUACUUACAAUUUCGAAUUUCCUAAAAAUUUAAAUUAUGUCUUGUAUUAUGGUUUCUCGCCAAGGGCUUCGAAGGCCUGUAGUGCUGUUUUAUUUUAUAUUAUUUGGGUUUGUCAGAUAGGUAAUAAAUAUUUUAUUGCGUUGUUAUGAGUAACAAUUCAAUCGUUUACCGACAAAUUCAGUCGUAAAAUAAUUUCCUUUGUCUACAAACUAUGCAUAUUUCCACCCACUUGCCUGUUAUAAAUUUUUUAAGAAACAGUUCGCCCAUCCUAAUCGCUUGUAAAGUUAUAAAACGUUUUCGGGAUGGCCAAACCAUUGUAAAUUUUUCUAAUUUAUAUAAUUCAGAGCAACAAAAGUGACUAGUAUUUUAUGUAACAAAAAACAAGCUACAAUUAUUACCGAUUAUUUUUCAAGUAAUUUUCUUAUUAAGUAUAUUAUGUAUUUUAAUACGAAAAUAUUUACAUAAUCUAUAUAUUGCAUACAUUUCAUAUUUAUUACUGUAUGCAUCCACAUUAUAUAAUGUAAUUUGGUUUUUUAAUAAAUACAUACGUUACGCUAUUGUAUUAUUGACAUAAAAAUACCUAAAACCAUAUACAUAUACAUUUUAACAUAAUAAUUACUAUUAUUACGUAUAUUCGGUACACUUAUUACUUCUAGCCACCAAUGAUCGGUUAUUAGAAUAUCCCGGUUAUAAGAAUAUUUUUGCUUGGCACGAAGGCUAUUCCAAUAAGCGAGUUCGACUGUAUAUUUGACGUUUCGACUUCCACUUUGGAAAUCGUUAUCAAAAUACAAAAUAUCAAUAAAUCAAUUAAAUUUUGUUUUUGUUGCUUGGCAAAAAAUCCUUCUAUUAAUUUAAUUUUAUCUGACUCGUUCAUAUCGGCAAUUCAGACAUAUAUUAUACAUUCUAAAGUAGACGACUUUAAAAUGAUAUUGCCAAUAUUUAUGAGUUGUGUUCCUGGGACGACUUUAUUGGAAGAUAGUUCAUUCGAUUACAUGAAAUCAACUUUAACUUAAAAAUAUCCGUCAGAAAAAUCAUAGCAUGUGAUUUGUCUUUAAAAAGACAACCACAUGCAAUGAUGACAGUAAAAUUCUCGAGUUAGUGAUUCCUAAGUAAAUCACGAAGAAAAACAAUGAAAAACCCUCAUGAUACUAUCCCGACAUGGUAAGUAUUUCGUCUUACAUUCAGUUUACUCUCAAAAUUAAUACCAAACUCUCAUCUUAUAUGAUGUUAGUUUAAAAUAUAAAUGAUUUAUCCUCGAUAUAUUAUUGACUUACUAAUUGUGGUCUUUUCAUUCUACGGAUUUUCUCUUUUAAUAUGGGUAACCACAGCCUACUGCACUCGCAGUAGGAAUCGCAGUAGGAUCAAAGAAUCUGAGCCGCUUCUUUGAUUUUUCUCUGGUUACUAUCUUUUUAUUUCAGGACUAUACUUAAAUAACAUCGAAGUAAAACAACUUCUACGUAAUAGGUAUAAUUUAAUAAAAUGCAAAAAAAUUCCAGUGGAUUGCAUAAAAUAUGUUCAAAACGAACGUUUUCGGACCUAUCAGUCCAUCAUCAGUGAACUCGUUUGCUAACUAGCUCCAGAACCAAGCAAUGGUUAUAAUUAUAAUUCAAUCUACAUUCUAAAGUAGUAAAACUGAGAAGGCUUAACUCCGAUGUUAGUGGAUAACCUUCGGGAUCAUGUUCACGGGAUCACAGAAUCACAAAAAAUGGAUGAAAACCAAAGAGAAAUGAGACAAGCAGUAGAACUCAAUAACAAGAAUAUAGAAAACAAAAUGAAACCUGGGAUUCCUUAAAAGAAGAGAUGAGCCCAGAAGAAGAAAUAAGAUUAAGAAAAGAAAACGAAAAGAGUACAAUUGAAACAGUGGUAUUUGAAGAAGAGGUAUGUGAAAACGAGGAUGCAGAAUACACGAUAAACAUGAGUAAGGAAUCUGAGGAAAAAGAAAGAGAAUUUAUUUGUGGAGAAGGACAAGAAAAGGAGAUGCGUUUGAAUUUAAGAGACUGAAAAUUUAACAAAUGAAGAGAAUAGUGUGGCCAAAAAGUAUGAACAUUCAUUUGAGGUGAAAAACUUAGAAAACUGCCGAUCGAAAAAAUACCCGAUUCCGUAUAAGUAUCGACAAAAUGUGAAAGGAGAGAUUAAUAAAAGGUUGGAAGAUCAAAUCAUAGAGAGAUGUGACUCACCUUACAUCAAUCCAAUCGUGAUAGUAAAGAAAAGCAAUGGAGAAUUGAGGCUGUGCUUAGAUGACAGAAAUAUCAACCAACACACUGAAUCACAAUAAUACAAACAGGAGCUUCAAGAACAAUUAAUAAUAAGGGAGAAAAUGAAGCGGCAGUUAUAUAAAUAAUACUUUUUUUAUUUAAAGAGAAAAGAAAUUAAUUAACGAUAUAGUUCAGAGAAUACACGAUGAAGAUGAACGGGAAGCUUACGAAAAGUUCUGCAGAAUGAAAAAGACUUGAUCUGAGAUGAUGGCAUUUAAAUAUGCUCAAGAUGUUUGGAAGAAAAGGAGAAUGGAGAAAAUAGAAGAAGAAAAUCGAAAGAUCAGAGGAAUUUACAAUAUCCACGAUGUAUACAAAUAUAAUGAGUACCUAAAGGAAGGAAAUACACGUAGUAGAUAGUUAAGGUAGGGUAUAUAGGAAGUAAAUUAAUAAAAGGAAAUAUACAGGGAAAAUUUGAGAUUAAACUGAAUGUAAAAUCAAAUACUUAUCAUGUAGAGAUAGUAUAUCAUGAGGUUUUUUCCUGGUUUUUCCUCGUGAUUUACCGUGGAAUCACUAACACGAGAAUUUCUCUGUCACCAUUGCAUGUGGUUGUCUUUUUAAAGACAAAUCACAUGCUAUGAUUUUUGUGACGGAUAUUCUUGAGUUAAAGUUGAUUUCAUGUAAUUUAAUGAACUAUCUUUCAAUAAAGGCGUCCCAGGAACGCGACUCAUAAAUAUUGGCAUAAUAUAUAUCUGAUAUUGGUAUAAUAUAUAUCUGAAUUGUCACUAAGUAUGAAUAAGUCAGAUAAAAUUAAAUUAUUAGAAGAAUUUUUUUACCGGGCAACAAAAAUAAAAUUUGUUUAAUUUAUUGAUGUUUUCUAUUUUGAUAACGAUUUCCGAAGUGGAAGUCGAAGCGUAAAAUAUAUUUAUACCGUUGAUGUAUAUUCGAAUCGUAGUCCGUUCUUUGCAAUCAAUAAAAUAGUGCCUUGUAACAGUAAGUACAUAGUUUUAGUACAAGUUAUUAGAUAUGAAGAUGCGAAAAAGAUUCAUAAGCCAUCUCUUUCAUCGUACAUAUGUGUCAUAUGUCAUAUCUCUUUAGACGAAUAUGGCCUAUCAAAGACCAACACGUCGUUUAAUAAUUAUAUCUAAUUAAAAAAUUGAUAUAGGCUAUAUAAUGACUAUUUCAGACAAUCUAUUUUAUUUUUAGAGGUUACAUAUUUAUCACGCGUCUCUAAAAGCUCCAAUCUUCUAGUCAGAAAAAAGUAACAGAUUUUAAUUCUUCUCCCUUUCACGUACCUCUCUCCCAGCCCCAAGUCAGGCCCUGGCCUUCUGCAGCAUCCGCCUCCAAGCAUUUCUUUCCGUGACUGCUUUCCUCCAGUUAUUAUAUAUUACCAAUUUCCUUUCCAAAUUUUCGCAUGAUUAAGUAUAUUUUAUCUCUGUUUAUCUUACCAUAGGCUUGUCGAAAAUCUACAAAGAUUUGGUAGGUAUCUAUAUCUUAUCUAUAUCGUGAUGUGUAUGAUUAAUGUGUGUUUCAUAGUCACUGUGUAUUGAACUUCUUAGUUUUUAUGGUUUAGUUUGUCAGAAUGUCACACAUUUAAUGUUUUUCUAUCCCAAGAGAUGGUGCUAUCAUCAUCAUCACGUCUCUGGGUGGGUCUUAGCUGACUGUACAACUGUCUUUCAAUUUGUUCGGUCUUCCAUCAACCUAGGGUCAAAUAGAAUGUUCAUUUUCCGGAGAUCUGCUUGGAUGUUAUCUCUCCACAGAGAUGGUGCUAUAUGCUGGAAGAUAAUUUAAACCGUUGGGUUAUAUUGCCAUAGAAUUUCAACAUUGGUAAGAAUACAUAUUCGGUUAAAUACGAUCAUCGAUAUUAUAAACAUAUUGUUACAUAAUAAUUAAUAUUAUGAAAUGAGAAAAGGCUACUAUUAGGUAUAAGAUUCAAAUGAGAAAAUUCGAAAAUUUACUUUGAUCAUUGUGUAAACUUGACAUUAACGACCUUAGUGAACAAAAUACAUACGAGAAUACCCUUGAGCCAAACAAAAUAAUUUUAUAAAAGUAAUAUUUAUCCAAAAGACCUAUCGUAUUUUUUCGUUAAAUUGAUGUUUUUUGAUGAAACGAUAAACAUACGAAAGGCAGCGAUUUUUUACAUUUACAAAAAGUGCAUGUAACAUCAAUUUGGUAGCAAAAUUAUGGAAGGUGUCAGCUAUAUUUAAGUUUGCUGUUUUUACCUGUGAUACCAAAUUUCAUGACGAAAUAAAAGCGUUUGAAAUUUGUGAAUAAAUAAUGAUGAAUAAUAUAAAA